UCAAAGCGUUCGGCGAUAGCCAAUCCAAAGCCAGUGCAGUGCUCCUUCGGGGGAGCGCUAACACCGCCAGUUGGCCGUCAACGCGAAGCAGCUGAGCUCGUUUAUAUCUUGUCAUGUGUUAAUCGUAUUCCUUAGGCGCGGUACAGAAGGCCAGGUCAAACUAAGCCGUGCCUCCGCGUGUGAUCCGAUGGGCAACUCCAUAAAGCCACACAUCCAAAAUGCCGGCAAGACUGGGGUGUGUACGCUGCCCAACAGCAACCUCAAGGAGUUCCCCAAGGAGCUGUUCCUUACCGCGGGCGUGCUGCGGACACUCGACCUUUCGGGCAACAAACUGUCCUCGAUCCCGGCGACGAUCAACAAGUUCGAGCUACUCAAGCAUCUGACGCUCUCGAACAAUCGCAUCGCAUUUCUCCCGGACAGCAUGUCUAAGCUGAAAAAGCUCGAGACGUUGAACCUCGGGAGCAACCACCUGUCGCGGCUUCCAGAAACGCUGUCUGGGCUCAGCAAUCUCCGCAACGUCAACCUCAGCGACAACCGGCUCACCGCGUUUCCGCACUGCUUCUGUGGCCUCAAACAUCUGGACGUGCUUGACCUCUCGCGCAACCGGAUAUCCGAAGUGCCGGACUUUGUGGGCGACCUGCACGCCACGGAGCUCAACCUGAACCAGAACCAGGUGUCCAUGAUCUCGGAGAGCAUAGCAAACUGCCCGAGGCUGAAGGUGCUGCGGCUGGAGGAAAACUGCCUGCAGAUCAAUUCCAUCCCGACGCAGCUCCUGUCCAACUCCAAUGUCUCUUUACUGGCGGUCGAGGGCAACCUCUUCGAGCUCAAGGACUUCCAGGAGAAGGAUGGCUACGAGACGUACAUGGAACGUUACACCGCCACCAAGAAGAAGAUGUUCUGAGACGACGUGAGGCCCAGAACCUCUGCAGCACGUGGCAAGCAAGGAAGAGCACCCGAUCAAGCUCACACUUCCCUCGCGAUCUUCGCACAAAAAUGAUGACAGGGCAGUAGUGCCUUGGUGCGGGAAAGAAAAAAAAAAAAUUGUCGCUGUACAAGUAGCCGCUUGCAGCGAGUAGUCAUUCCAGGGGCAUCGGAGGCACUGUCAAGAAAGGACGAAUCGUGAACUGUAGCCUAGACCCAAGCACGACUCGUGUUGGGCAGGCAGCUGUGGAAGCUAUCACAUUUAAAUCGCCUUACAAGUUGCACUGUCGCGACUUAUCUAUAUUUAUUAAACGCUGUAUUUUAAAUUACCGCACA